GUUGAGAUAGAGCUGUGUGGCAGAGGCGGCCAGGUAGUGCUGGUGGUGGUGCCUGACUAGGCCACUUGUCCUCGAUCGGCCCCAAUUUGGCCAUCUACAGGGCUGCACAACCUGGACAUCGUGUUGCUGCCAGCCUGUUUCUCCUGCAAAAGAUUCAACUGACGAGCUGGUCGCGAUAUGGCUCGAUUCCGCGCCUCCUAGCAUCAUUCCGACCCCACAUCCAAGCAGGACCCUGAGGCCAGCAUCAACAAGCUUGGAAAUCCACAAGGCCGCCACUCGACCGCCCUCACGCCACCGUCACCGUCCACUCGCGUUACCUCCGCCAUGCUGGACUCUUGUGGUCACAAGUCACCAUGCUUCUCCUAAACCCGGGCCGUCCUGGUCGGGACGCCUAUCUCCGGCUGCCGACAUACUUGGCCGUUGCUUCCCUGCUAUCACCGGCACUUGGCUACCAGGAGCUCUCUGAUCCCUCCCUCCGCCGCAUCCCCGGAGGUGGCUCCGACUUUGACAUCACGACCGGGUCACUGUUGGCUCCAAUCUUGGUCCCCCGCGUGCCAGGCAGUGCUGGUUCGGCUGCCGUGCAACACCACUUUGUCGACUUCUUCCGCCAGCAACUUCCUGAGUGGACCAUUGAGUGGCAAAACUCAACCUCCAAGACGCCAGCGACCGGUGAUCAAGAGAUCCCCUUCCACAACCUCAUCCUGCGCCGCGAGCCACCAUGGGCCAAGAGAGGCGAUGUCGGCUACCUGACUCUCGCGGCACACUACGACAGUCUGUUUGAGCCAGUGGGCUUCAUCGGAGCCAUUGAUAGCGCCGCACCCUGUGCAAUGCUGAUGCAUGUGGCUCGGUCCAUCGAGGGUGGUCUCGCUCGCAAGUGGGCAGCGAUGGAGGAAGCUGGCGACGGUGGUCUUGGUCUCGAGGAGGAGAGAGGCGUUCAGAUCCUGCUGCUUGACGGCGAGGAGGCAUGGGUCACCUGGACGGCGACGGACUCCAUCUACGGCUCUAGAGCGCUUGCCGCUCACUGGGAUACGGAUGUAUAUCCAGAGUCGUCUGAGCACAGGUCCCCCAUCGAGGCCAUCAAGCUGUUCCUCUUGAUCGAUCUGCUUGGUAGCCCCGAUCCGACUGUGCCGUCUUAUUUCAGACCCACACACUGGUUCUACCAGCAGAUGGCAAAGGUCGAGAGACGGAUGCGCAAGCUCAACCUUUUAGCGAGCAAACCCGAGGGAGUUUUUCUGCCAGACUCCGGAGAAGAGCCCGAGAAGCCUUACAUGGGUUAUAUUGCGGACGACCACGUUCCGUUCAUGGUGCGAGGCGUGCCAAUUCUACACAUCAUCCCAACGCCAUUCCCCAAGUUGUGGCAUACCAUGGAUGACAAUGGCGAGCAUUUGGAUCCCGCUGCAGUAGACGACUGGGCCAAGAUCCUUACUGCAUUUGCAGCCGAAUGGAUGGAGCUCGAUGGUCACUUGCCAUCGGCCCACGAUGCUGAAGACACAAUAGAGCACACAGAGCUUUAGUUAGGACAGACUAUAAUCCUCAUGCUAGAGAUGUGAAUCCAAAAUAGGUGGAGGGCUUUCCAUCCACGAAGAGGAAACAAAGGGACUGAAUGCUCCAA